AUGUGCCAAGUCAAAGUGCAGUGUGGCGAGUGCCCUGCACUCGUCAUACCAUUCAUCUGUAAGACUGGUUUGCAUAUUGGACAGUGGGCUGCCCAUUGUUUUGUGCUUGACCAGCAUGCCAAUAGCAAAGCUUGGUGGUACUUCUGGCUGCCUGGGACUGCACCUAUUGGCCUUCCCAUCCCGCUGUCUCAGCCUCCCUCAUUCAUUUUUUCUCCCACUGCCUCUCCACUGAUUGCCUCUGAUUCAUCGCAAAUUCCUGCAGGCCCCCUUCUUGCCUCUGGUUCGUUGCAAAUCCCUGCAGGCCCCCUUCCAAGCCAGCCUGAGGAGGGCACAUGCACCAUCCCUUCGUGCCACAAAGGAACACCUGCAAGGGGUCCACUCUGUGAGAACUCAAUAUGCAAGUACCACUGCAUUGAGAAUGGUGGCUGUACGACGGCUGUCAAGCACCGAAUAGAGUUUGCGAGCAAGUGCCAAAAGGGAAAGAUGAGGCUGCCUCCAUCAUCGGUACUUGAUGCACUGCCUGCACCUGUCACUGUGGAGGAGGAGCCUGAAUUCGAAGAGGUCAAAGACUUCAGCUUCAAUGCUGACCUCGAGCUGGCACGAUCACGCUCUCUUGAGGACCUGAUGCCUGCGCCAUCUGUUUCCACCGCUAUGUCCUCCUCUCCGCUUGUGACACCAUCCUCUCAGCUGCCUGCCAUGCGGACUAUCUCCAAGGAUCCCAAAUCAGUCACCCAGCCAUCAGGGAAAAGCUCAGCCAAGGCCAAAGCUCAGUCAAGGCCACAGCGGACCACUCAUAUGAACGAGACAUGGUAUGGUACCUACAAGCACAGUGGGCAGCUGACUGAGCAGAUGGAGAAAGACUGCCAACAUGCUGCUGAUGAGCUGGCCAUCAAGCGUGCCAUAGAUGUGAUGUGGUGGGACAAGGACCGUCAACCUCCUGUCAUCUUGUCGCUGCAAGGCAGUGAUGGGCCUGAGUCUGACAUUCCAACCUGGCCGCACUUCUCGCUAGCUGACAGUCCUGACCUCCGAUCUAUGCUUGGCGAGAACAUCACCACCUUUGAGUAUUUCAAUAUUUCUUCUCGUCUAUGGAAGGCAGUGACACGACUGGCCUAUAAGUUCCAUGUUAAAAAUGGUGACCAUCUUUUCCUUCGACGUCAUGGUGUCCUUGAAUGUGCAGGCAUCGACAAGAUCAUUGGUCGUCUCAAGGACCCAGCAGCAAAACCGCAUCUUUUUCUAAAGAUGAAGCAAGAACGUAAGGCUGUAAAGUAUUCUCUAGCGCACAUCAAGACUCAUGGGCCACCAUUGCAAACUCCCUCUAUCAUUGCAAAGUCUAACACUGAUGAUGAAGUCACCAUCAUAUCGCUGCCUUCAAAACCAUCCCUGAAGCCUCCCAAGAGGUCAUGGUGCUAUACCGAUGAAUAUGGCAUCCGUGACUUCCGUCCUGUAUAUGAUGACUCACCUGUCAGGACAGCAAUUGCAGCUGGAUUCCGUCCCAGUUACCCAUACCCUUGGGGUCGUUCAGUAUCUCCACUGCCACCAUUGCAUCAACUCAUGACACCUCACCUCCCAUCACCAGCAUCCUCGAGCUCAUCUCUGCCAGAGAUACUGAGUGAGCCUCUUGCUGACGAGUUGCAGCCAUCAGUGCCGACGGCAACCUGGCCCAAUGGUCUCUAUGUUAUAGACAUUGCUGCUGGGUUUGAGAGAAUGGACUCUGAUGAAUUGAAGUCCUUACCAGUCCGUCAGAGGUUUGAGAUCAUCUACGACAGAAAAUUCAAGAAAUCAACUUAUAACAACACACGUCGGAGAUGGAAGGAGGCAUUGGAUACCUUCAGGACUCAGCUGUAUAAGGCAGGGCGCACACCUUCAGGCCUUUGGGAUGUGUUGCGCAAGGCCAUCCCUCUCAGGAAAAAGACAGCAGGCACCCAGUCACACGAUGAUGAAGAAUCUGACAUUGAUAUUGACCUCACGCUGUAA